AUGGUCCAAAUCAGCCAAAUUGGUGCCGUCCUGGCAGUGUGUUCUACCUUGACGGUAGCUGCACCCACAAAAGGAAAGGCACGUUUCAACGUUCCUCAGGUCGCCGUUCCCAUGAAGGCGGUACACCAUCCUGCUGUCGCUUAUGCUCGUGCCCUGCACAAGUUCGGCAUGAAGGUCCCCAAAGCUGUCAGCGAUGCCGCCAGGGGAUCCGUUCCUACCACUCCAACCAAAGACGACGAACAAUAUGUCACCCAGGUCACAGUUGGACAGGGUAAAUUGAACCUUGAUCUUGACACUGGUUCCGGUGAUCUAUGGGUUUUCUCCACAGAAACUCCGAAAGAUCAGAGUCAGGGGCACAACCUCUACAUGCCCACCUCCAAGUCUAAGCGUCUCGAUGGGUAUUCUUGGGAAAUUACCUAUGGCGAUAUGAGCUCUGCUGGAGGAGAUGUUUUCCUCGACACCGUCUCAAUUGGAAAUGUCACGGCUUCUUCACAGGCCGUCGAGUCCGCAAAGAAAGUGAGCGACCAGUUUGCUAAGGACAAGGCCACUGACGGCCUGAUGGGGCUGUCCUUCAGCGUCCUUAAUACUGUCCAACCGAAGCCUCAGACGACCUUCUUUGAUACUGUCUUGAAGCAGCUUGAGAAGCCCCUGUUCACUUGCACUCUCAAGCAUGGCCAACCAGGAUCGUAUGACUUUGGGUAUAUCGAUGAUUCGAAACACAGUGGAGAGAUUGCCUACACCAAUGUAGACAACAGCCAGGGAUGGUGGGGAUUCACUGCUGAAAGCUAUUCCAUUGGAGGAGGCUCCAACUCAACUCAUUCGUUCCACGGAGCUCAGCACCGCGGCACCCGCGGAAGUUCCAUUGACGGCAUUGCCGACACGGGUACUACUCUCAUGCUCCUCAGCGACGAUGUUGUUCAGGAGUACUACGGAAAAGUCCAGGGUGCCAAAAACGACCAGCAGCAAGGUGGUUGGGUAUUCCCUUGUGAUGCCAAGCUUCCCGACUUCACCCUCAGCAUUAGUGGAUACAAUGCGGUUGUCCCUGGCAAAUUUAUGAACUACCAGGCAGUUGGAUCGGUUUGCUUCGGUGGCCUUCAGUCAGUUGGCAGCAGCGGCGGUGUACCAAACAUCUUCGGCGAUGUGUUCUUGAAGAGUCAGUUCGUUGUAUGGGACACCGAAGGUCCUCGCAUUGGUUUUGCUCCUCAGGCAUAA